GGCACAAACUAAUUAACUAACUACCAGUGAUGUGAUUGGAGGUAGCACGUUUAUAAUAAUAAAAUAUUAAAUACAUACAACACUUAAAAAGUACUUACAUAUAAGUUUAUUCAAAUCACUUAACAGCUUAAAAUCACUGUUCCUGAUCUCCACACACACACACACAACAUACACUAUAUAAUACCCCACCCGCAGUGAAUUCAUUUCAAUUCUCCCUUCUACCAAUUAAAUUCAAUUCCUCCAAAAAUAUAUAUACAUACAUGUGUGUUAAAUAUCACCACAUAUAUACAUACACAUAUAUAUAUAAACACAAGCCAAGCAGUGAAUGGUGAUUGAUCAGACUCCGUGGUGUUUGUUCCGAUCGAUUGAAGAAAAUAGAUUAGAUUCAAUCAAAAAUCGUGGAUAAGAAAUUCCGGAUUAUCCAUUCCAAUUCCCAUUUCUUCAGGGGAAUUUUGAAUCCUGUUUUUGAGAUUAGAUAAACCCGGACGAUGGGAUUGACUAAUUAUCCAGAAUUCCAAACAACACGUUUGUUUUCCCCCGAUUUUCACUCCUCUCUCGUUAUCUAAAACCCACCCAUUUGGAUUACACCACUCUCUCUCUCUCUAUAUAUAUACGUAUAUACACGUAUACGUAUAGUUGUUCUUCAGCUAUAUUUUUUUUUGGUGAUUUAAUUAAUUGAUUUGAAAAUAAUGAUGGCGGAUAAUUACCUGAGAGAAAUUGAGGGGAAGGCGGCGCACGAUCCCUACUGCAGCGUAGAUUUCGGGGUUUCGAAAAGGUGCGUGUGGGUACCAGGUCCGGUGAUCGUCGGAGCGGGGCCGUCGGGGCUGGCGGCGGCGGCGUGCCUGAAGGCGAAGGGGGUGCCGUCGCUGUUGAUAGAGAGAUCCAGCUGCAUAGCAUCUCUGUGGCAGCUGAAAACCUACGACCGACUCAAGCUCCACCUGCCGAAGCAGUUUUGCGAGCUGCCGCUCAUGUCUUUUCCGGCGGAUUUUCCGACGUACCCCACCAAGCAGCAGUUCAUCCUCUACCUGGAGUCGUACGCCAAGCGGUUCGAAAUCCGGCCGGUGUUCGACCGGGCGGUGACGAGCGCCGAGUUUGAUAAGAAACUCGGGUUCUGGAGGGUGAGGACAACGGCGGCGGCGGGGGAAGUUGAGUAUGUUUGUAGGUGGCUGAUAGCGGCGACGGGGGAGAAUGCGGAGUCGGUGGUGCCGGAGAUAGAAGGGGCGGAGGAGUUCGGCGGCGACAUGGUGCACACGAGUGAGUACAGAAGUGGGAGUGUGUAUAAAGGGAAGAAAGUGCUCGUCGUCGGUUGCGGAAACUCCGGCAUGGAAGUCUGUUUGGAUCUCUGCAAUCACAGCUCUAAUCCUUCCCUUGUUGUUAGGGAUACAGUGCACAUUCUACCACGAGAUAUGCUAGGAAGAUCGACUUUCGGGCUGUCCAUGUGGUUGCUAAAGUGGUUGCCCGUGCGCAUUGUGGACCGGUUCUUGUUAGUGGUCUCACGGGUCAUACUCGGUGAUACGGGUCGGUUCGGGCUUGAUCGACCCGACAUCGGCCCGCUCCAGCUCAAGAGCCUCUCCGGCAAAACACCCGUUUUGGAUGUCGGAACACUUGACAAGAUCAAAAGUGGUGACAUCAAGAUACGGCCAAGCAUCGAGAGACUAAGGCAUCAAUCAGUUGAAUUUGUGGAUGGAAGUAUAGAAAAUUUUGAUGCAAUAGUUCUAGCAACUGGCUACAAAAGCAAUGUACCAUGUUGGCUAAAGGAAAAUGAGAUGUUCUCGGAGAAAGACGGCCUCCCGAGAAGGCCGUUCCCGAACGGUUGGAAAGGGCAAUACGGUCUUUACGCGGUGGGGUUCACCAAACGCGGCCUUCUCGGCGCGUCGAUUGAUUCGAAAAACAUUGCGGAUGAUAUUGAGAGGUGUUGGAUUGAAGAAGCAAAGCAUCUAUCAACCAUUUCUAAUUGGCCAUAUUCAAUUCAAAAACAUAUAUAAAUUUCUGAUUAAUUAAUUGUGUUAGCAAUUAGUUUUUUUGGAUAUACAUAUAUAUGUGUAGAAUUAACAUGGACAAUGAUGAAAAAAAAUGGUGAUACAAAGUUAGUACAAUAAGGAAAGCUCCAACAAAUUGAGGAUGAAAGAGAGGUUUUUAAUUUAGAGUGAGGAAAUUAAUUCAUGUGCUUGUAGGGUUUAUGUAUUGAGGUGAAAUCCCUAUUGUACAUUGAAAAAAUUUCCUCUAGUUUAUUAGGUUUUGACUAUUAGUUGUUAGGGGUUUAUUUGAUGCUACAGUCGGUGAAAUACGUCGGGUGAUUAUUAGCUUUUGAUCUGCACAUAAACACACACACAUACAUGCGUAUGUGUGCUUAGUGGGUACCCGAUGUAUACAACCCAGUCAGUGUAGCAUCUCAGUGACCGUUGUUAGGGUAGUUCGAUUCUUGAAAUAGAGCAAAUAAUAUUUUUUUAUUAUUAAUUAGUGGAUUGUGACUAGGGGUAUUGUUAUUGUGAUAAUGUAUUGAUUUCACUAGAAUGAUUUGAUUAUUUAUAAACUUUGGUAUAUUGUAAAUUGUGAUUGUGAAUUAAUAGGCAUGUGAGAUUGGUUG